AUGUUCAUAUUCCCCGCAUUUAUCGGAUUGGAUCUUCGUCGUGUUCGAGCAGGAAGACGAGAUCUCGUCUAUUGUGGACCGGGAGAGAGCGAAAAAGAAGAAAAGUCUUCCAAUGGCAUACCAUGCACUGAAUCUUCUAAGGCCGACCUGACAAAUCCCGCAUUUAUCGAGUACACCAGAGAUCAACCUUGGUAUACUGUAGGAGGAUUCCUGACCAAUUAUUACAUUCCUGCUUUGAAGCAGAAGUUUGUAAAGAUCACCGUUGUGUUAAUUACCAUCUGUGGAGUAAUAUUUGGCUUAUAUGGUAUGCAUAGUUCUAAAUUGGGUCUCGAGUUGGCUGAUGUCUUGCCAGAGAAUACAGCACCUGCUGCCUUCAUGAGAGCUCGUGAAAAGUAUUUCUCCUUCUAUCCUAUGUAUGCUGUGCUUCGCGGUGAAACAAUCGACAUUCCGAAUCAACAAGCCCAGAUCGAAGAAUAUCGGAAAGCACUAGGUGGAAAUACACACUUUUUUCCUCUAAUUUUCCACUCAACCAGCACAAGCAGCUCAUUCGCAGGUGAUACCAAAUACGUGGUAAAAGCUAAUGGCAAUCUUCAACCGUAUUGGAUGUCGAUGGUCCGAACAUGGCUGGAGUCUUUGGAUAGGGCACUUGAAAAGGAGCUCAAGGCCGGGAACAUGGAUCCGGUAACGGGAAGGCCAGUCAAGGGAAAGGACAAGCCGGCUCCCGAAGCACUUAUCGCUCGUAAACUGGUUUGUUCGUAUGGCCAUAAAUUCAACUGUACUGGAAGGAUAGGCCAUAUAAAACUGGUUGAGAACGGAACCAUUCGACCAGAGGGUUUCUAUAACUACUUGACGGGUUGGUACAAUGUGGACAACAUGAUGUACUAUGUCUCUCAAGCAUCCUUCUUCCCGAAU